AUGAAGGGGUCCUGCGGCUCCUUCACCUGCUGGGGGAGGUGCAGGGGGGACGAUGUCGAGGACGAUGACAGCCCCUUCACCCAGCGCGGGUACAACAUCCGAGAGAAACACCUGGGUAAGCUCCACAGAGCUGCCAGCCGGGGUGAAGUCUCCAAGGUGGAGCGCAUCCUUUCGCGCGGGAACGCUGACUUGGAUGAGAGAGACAAGAAAAAGAGGACUGCUCUGCAUUUGGCCUGUGCCAACGGCCAUCCAGAAGUGGUAGCUCUUCUGGUGGACAGAGGAUGUCAACUUAAUGUCUUUGACAACAAAAACAGGACAGCUCUGACAAAGGCAGUACAAUGCCAGGAAGAGGAAUGUGCGACUAUUUUGCUAGAAGUUGGUGCCGACCCAGACCUUGCAGAUGUCUAUGGCAAUACUACCUUACACUAUGCUGUCUACAAUGAGGAUAUACCAAUGACAAAAAAACUGCUUUUACACCAUGCUGAUAUUGAAUCAGCAAACAAGGAUGAACUCACACCAUUUUUGCUAGCUGUGAAUGAACAAAAACAGCAAAUGGUAGAUUUUUUAAGAAAGCAAAAAGAAAAUUUAAGUGCAUCUAAGUUUGAAAGCAUUCACCAACUAAUGUCUGAAUACAAAGAAAACGAGACACCUAGAAAUCCUCAAAAUAGCAAUCCAGAAGGAACAUCUAACAAGAUGGCGUGCUUGGGAGAAGGAGCAGCAGGUGCAAAAGUGGAUGAGAUUCCUGGAUAUCCUGUAAAAAGGCUUUUCAACAAACCAUCUAUUGACGACUCACGACCUAUGUCAGCUAAUGAAGACUUUGAUUUUGAUACUGAGGUGAAAGCAACAGAGCCAGCAAAUGGAAAAAGACAAAAUGGUAUGGGUAUUAUUGAGAGUGCUCCACAAGAGCACACAAAUAAUGAAAUUUUAAUUUUGAUUCAAAAAUGUUCGAGGUGGUAA